GUCGUCAGUGUCGUCAGUGUCGUCGUUGUCGUCGUCGAAGUCGCCGCCGCCGCCGCCGCCGUCGUCGCCACCAACCCACGAACCAUAUCAUCAAGAGAUAGCCCCCCCGAGCAACGACGCUUCACUGCCAUUGUCGAACCCAACGAUAUAUAGAUAUACACAUUGACAACGACAACGACAACAUGGCCCCGUCCCUGUUCCAUCUCCUCGCCACGGCCCUCGUGGGCUCUCUCUUCUACGUGUCGGCCAGCCUUCGCCUAGAACACGGCGCCUUCAUCGACUCCCCAAACUUCGUCCACAAACACCCCGGCUACAGCGAGAACGAGACCAAAUGCCCUCGCAAGAUCAUGGGCAGGCUCCGCGGCACCUGGGGCCCGACCAGCACCACCUACACCGCCACGGCCACGCACACCCGCCACGUCAAUUGCGGGCCCUGCACCCCGGCCCGCUUUGCCCGCCUUCACUUCGGCCCUGGGCCCCAGAUUCUCUACACUACCACCGUCACCGCCACCACCCCUUACACCACCACCGUAUUGGCGUGCAACGCCGGGCAGUUGCCCCGUGAAACCGCGCCGCCCACCCACUGAGUAUAGAGCUUCAGUAUUCUGUUCUGUUCCCGCGGACCUGGUUGGUGUUGUCGGUGGUUUGGGAAGAAUCAGCAAGGUCAUGUUAUGCCGGCUGGUGCAUUUCCAUCGUCGGUUCUUCCGUACUAAACGCUUGUUUAUUGUACAUAUUUCCCUUCUAUAGCUCCCGUCGGC